CCAUACUUUUUUGGUGUAGAAUUAUACAACGGGAAUGAAACAAAAGUGGACAUCGAUAGAGACACAGAAGGCAUACGUCAAUUUUUCGGGAAUGAUACAAAUGUGGAACUAUUGAUGGGCUGGAAUGAGACAUAUCCAGCGGUGACAAAUAUGAAAUCAGUGAAGAUGAUCGUGUUACAACUUCGUGCUCUGGAAAAUCCUCAAUGGAGCAAAGAUGAGAUGAAGCAGUGGGAGAUGAAUGUCGUUCAUUUUUUCCAAAAUUAUCAAUCAGAGCAUUUGAUGAUUUAUGUCAUUUCUACACCUUAUAUCGAAGAAGAAAUGGUUCGUGCCGGAUUAUCAGUAUUACCGUAUCUAACUGUUGGCUUUAUCAUCAUGAGUGCCUGUUCUAUAAUUACCGUAAUGGUUCGUGCUGCAUACAUGAAUCAAAAUAAUAUAUUCAAGAUUUUUCUAGCCGUGAUGGCUUGUAGUACACCAUUGUUAGCAUGUGCUACAGGACUAGCAAUACUAUUUUUGUGUGGUAUGAGAUUCUCUCCAAUACUCUGUGUUGUACCUUUUCUGGUCCUAUCUAUUGGUGUUGAUAGUUCAUAUCUAAUGAUCCAUGAAUGGCAACGAGUAACGAAGGAAAUACGAGAUGGUGAGAAAAAGGAUGGAAGUAUUGAACAUCGAAUGUCUGCAGUACUCAGUGAAGUUGGUCCUGCAAUACUAAUCUCUGCAAUAACUAAUAUAUUAGCUGAUACUGUUGGCUGUUUCACGUCUUCUCCUGAAAUUCGUCUUUUAUGUAUUGGAAAUUUAUUUUCCAUGUUUGUAGCAUAUUUAUAUCAGAUGUCGUUUUAUUCUGGUCUGAUGUCUGUUGUUGGAAAAUUUGAGAUUGCAGCUGAGAAGAAUAAAAAUAAUACGACAAAUAUUGCAAUACAGAAAAGUGAAGUGAGUAUCAGAAAAUGCGGAAAGAUUCCUCGUGAAAAUUCAAAAUUUCAUGAUAAGUCAAAAUUAUAUAUCAGUAAAUAUAUGCGAGUAUAUGUGAAUAUCAUUUCACAUCCAGUGAUAGCAGUGCUUAUCAUUGUCCUUUACAUUACUUACAUUGUCACAUCUAUAUGGGGGAUAACACAAAUGAAUGUCAGUCUUACUCCUCAGAAGCUGUUUGCACCAGAUUCUCCGCUGAUAAAGCUCGUUAUGCUACGUGAUGAAUAUGAAGUACCGGCUUUUACGAUGGCAUUGGUGUUUGUCGAAACACCUGAAGAUUUAUCACAGAAAUUACCAUUCCUCCUGAUGAAUAAUAUGGUUGAGGAUUUCGAAAAGCUUAACGGUAGUUGGGGACCCGAUGCUGAUUAUGAUUAUGAUUUCGCUUCAUCGGAUGAUGUUAGCACCACAACAACUGAUCCAGAAGCUCUGUUCAAAUUCAAUAAUGAUAAUCUGGUAAAUUUCUUGACAUGGCCAGAAUAUGAUUUUUGGUCCGGCUUCCUUCAGUUGCAAAAUGUUAGCGCUGAUGGAAAAGAAAAAAGACUGAAACGAUUUUUCUUCACUAUAGCUUAUCAUGAUGAAAAUUUGAAGGAAUUAAAAAUGCGUGGGAAAUUACUUAAACAAUGGCGUGCUAUCGUAGACAAGCCUGUUUACGAAUCAUUUCAUGCUUCCGUAUUCUAUCAAGAUGCCAUUUUUCUGGAUCUGAUCGAUAAUAUGCCAACAGAUGCAUGGCAAUCGAUAGCGGGAACAUUGAUUUGUAUGGCUGGGGUAUGCAUCCUCUUCCUUCGGGAUAUGCUUACGAUGAUUAUUGCAACUUCUUCUGUCCUCUCUGUGUCCAUUGGUAUCUUGGGCAUGCUAUUUUGGUGGGAUGUUGAAUUGGACCCAAUCUCAAUGGCUGCUAUGAUAAUAUCUAUUGGCUUAAGUGUUGAUAUUCCAGCACAUGUUGCUUAUCAUUACUGUAAAGCUAGCGAAAAAUCGACACCUCAAGCUAGGCUUGGGAACUGUCUUACUUCAGUGGGAUUCCCAGCAGUACAGGCAGCAUUGUCCACUAUACUUUGCGUAUAUAGUUUAUGGUUCUCCGAAAUUUAUAUGUCACAGGUUUUUGUGAAGACGAUGGUCACUUGCGUCAUAUUAAGCAAUUUACACGGUCUUGUAAUCCUACCAGCUAUACUAUCAAUAAUUCAUCAGAUUAAAGCUCGAUUUGAUCAAAAUAAAAUCUACAGCACACCAGCUGUGCGUACUGUGAACAAGCGAUUGAAAGAAAUUAGGAAAAGAAUAGCCAAGAAAGCAGAGAUACAGGAAAGAAAUGAAAACCAGUUAGACCUAAAAACGGACCGACCACCAAUUCCUGACUUCAAUGUCGUAUCAUAG